AUGCAGUCUAACACGAAAAAGUUUUCUGAACGCGUCAAUAAAGGAAAAAUAGAAGAGACAUUAAAUCCACAACUAGCGCAAUUCGAUAAUUUUGAUAUUAUAAAAAACAAAGAAUUUAAAAUAAUAGUUUUGCCUGAUCAACAAAUGGAUCCAUAUCGAUAUAUGGAUCAAUCACUUAAAGAGAAAUAUGAAGUUUUGUUGGAACGAUUUGAAAUGUUUGCAGAAACAUUAAAAGAAAAAUGCAAUAUCGAUGAAAUAUCUGAUCCAUCAUCUUUAACUCAGGAUGAGAUAACAACAGUAGGUAGAAUAUGGUGUGAUUCUGAAGGAAAGCUUAACACAGAAUCAGUAUUAUUAGAAACAUUACCAUAUUUUGGAGGGAGUUGGAUUAAAUUGUCAUUGAAUGAACUCUCAACAUUCAGUUUAUUUCCAGGACAGAUUUUAGGAAUUCAAGGAAACAAUAAACUAUAUGAUGAGUUUAAUGUAAAUAAAGUUCUUGAAGCUGAAUUCAUUGUGACUAAAAUUUUUGAGAUGCCAUUACUACCAAUGUAUCGCACUCUAACUAGUGAAAUCGUUGAUUACAAUACAAAACUAAACGGAAAACCAUUAAAUGUGGUGAUUGCAGCAGGGCCAUAUGCAUUGGAAACGGGAUUUGAGUAUGAGCCAUUACGUGAAUUGAUAAAAAAGAUGGCUCAGGAAAAACCAGAUAUCUUGAUUUUGAUGGGACCAUUUGUCGAUGAAGAACACCCUAUGAUUCAAAAUGGUGAAGUAUUAAAUACACCCGGGGAGCUCUUUAAAAAAUUUAUUACACUUCCGUUAGCUGCAUUUAUCAAGUCCUCACCGGAUACAAAGAUAGUUAUGAUUCCUAGUACGAAAGAUAUAUGUCACGAAUAUCUAUCAUUUCCUCAACCGCCUUUGGAUAAAGCAGGAUUACCCAAG